AGGAUAAUUAGUCUGACUUGCCAUUUCAUUUUUACCUCAUCAUUCACAUAUGUUAAUUUGAAUCACUGAAAUAACUGGAGAUGUGAACAACCAUUCCGUGAUCAGGAAACAGGAUAUCAGCCUCCCACAGUGACUAAAAAAUGUUCCUUUAUGUGUUCCCAUGUCUCUCAGGAGCCACUGUGCAGGUUCACAAAGACAGACACACACACUUAGAUAGGCUGGGAACGAUAUACAUGGAUUAAGGCAUAUUUAUGUCUCUUGUGGAUUGACCUGAGACAAAGGUCUUACAUUCUUUGGGCUUUGUGAAGAAAGACAGAAACAAUAUCAGGACGUACCUUUAGGGUGGAUUUGGUUGACUAUGUCCGCCUUGUCUGAGCACAGGAAAUUGUUUGUCUAUGACUGCAUGUGUGCCAUUGGAUAUGCUUCUUUCUAUCAGAAGUAUUAUAAACACAGCUCAGAAUUGUGUGUUUGUCUGCAGGGGGCUUCUACAGAGUGGUCAGACUCUUCUUGCUUAUACAAAAUCACCUAAGCUCUAAGACAGGCAUGACAUAACAGUUAUUUCAGUUUUAACCAUAUUAUGGCCUCUGGUUAGCUGUUGUUAGCUGUUGUUAGCUGUUGUUUAGUAUGUGUGUGACUGUUGGUGAGUUUGUGAUACUGGCUCAGAGUAAGACAGCCAGCUGCAGUUAGUGUCAGAUUGCAGCCAAUGUGUGUUCUGAUGUGUGUCUGGAUGUACUCCUAGUGCACUCUUUAAAACUCAUCUGUGACACUGACUUCAGUGUCCCACAUGACUACCUUUACAACACCACCAAGUCUGAUCCACCAGCUCCUUGAGUCAAACUUUAUAGUCUGACACUUGAGGUAGGCAGUUAUACACUCAAGACCUUGCUCUGUACUCUGCUCCUUUCUCCAAAGCCUCCUUCUCUGUUGUCUAUUCAAAAAUUUAGGGCAGUUGAUUAAGCAGCAUUGAAUCUGGCUGUUGUAAACAAACCCUACUGUUAACUGCUUCUUUAAAUAGCAUUUCCUUCUCAUACAUGAUCACCCGAGAUUCUAGACAGUACUACUGACCUACUAUCAGUACUUCAUUGUAUUUGAUAAAGAACAGUUUUUCAUUGUCCAUUAAUACCUAACAAUACCGUUUUUACAGGACGUCAACCCUGACACCCAUGAGAACAAGAGUGUCUUACAGUUAACUGCUCAAAAAAUAUGGAUUGGAAAUAUAAGAAAAUAUAGACGUUAUUUCUACGUGUGAUGAAAGGUCUGUUACACAACAUUGAUUCCUGGUCGUGGUUAAAGGUAAAUGAUACAACAGGGAGAUGGUUUCAGGGGCCCCUGAAGACAAAACCCAUACAAGAUAACAGUUAGGGGAAAAUACAGGAAUCGCAUACAUUAAAAAUAUAUAUAUGUACAUGUAUAAAUUAUAUAUAUAAAAUUAGACUCUCGCCAUGUUUCUAUUCUUGCUGCACAUUUUCAUUAUUUGUGUUUCAAUAUUUGCAGAAUCAUUGGAUUUACUGUGGAUUUCCACCUACCGCUUCUGUUGAAACUUUUACUCUUGAAUGUGUUUUAUAUUCAUAGAAUUCUGUAUUUGGUAUAAAUUGCCUUAAUGUGGCUGAAUACAUCACCUCACUGCAACAAGGUCCUGUUUUUGUUUUUUGUUUUGUUUAAUCUGAGAGGCGUUUCUGUGUGGAUUUUGCUUUUUGUCUUUAUUUCCUCCCCCCUUGUUAAAAGACAAACAGACUGGGUGAACUGGUUACUCUAAGUUGUCAUUAGGCAUAUUAUUCUGUCUUGGCAACCUGUCCAGAGUGUAUACUCUCACCCAGUGAAUGCAGAAAUAUGCUUGGGAACUCGUGACCAUGAAUAGUAUAGGUAACACAGGUGUAUGGAUUUUCCUUACUGCUUUUACCCUUGUGUGUGUUUUGUCCUUAGGAGCCAUCAUAGAAUUGUUUUGGGAACUGUACGAAUUACAAACACACUGUGUUACAAGAUCUGUCUGAUGAAUAAGAGAGAUCAUGAUGGGAACAAACAAUAGAACCAAAUUUAAAUCCAUCAUGUUAACCAAUUGAAAGCAACAGCAGGAGUCCUUUGUAUGAGAUUGGAGGAAAUUUGAACAAGUUCAGCGGACCAGUAUGAAAUAAAUGAUCAAAGUCAAACGUGGUGCUUUGUUUAGGUCACAGCUUUGAAUACAUAAGCACACCAAAUGUUUUUGCUAUACUAGCCAGAUUUGCUCCCUUAAUCUUAAAUGCACAAAUGACAGGCCAUUUGAAUACAACAUAACCAAAUCUUAAAUUUUGCCCAACUGCAGCCACUUGCAAAACAUACUUACCCCAUCAAGACUGGGGUUAGAGUAAUGGGAACUAAAUUCCCUGCUAAAAAAUAAUAACUGGAAUUACCAUAAUAACAGGCUGAUAUUUCACUUUCAGCAUCUGCAUAACCACAAGAGAUGCAAAGUGGCUGCUGCUCAUAAAAACUUCACGUUCCUUAAAUCAGUGGGUGACACUCCUAUUUUCACUCAGUCACAUGUUUCUAAACUCCAGUCUAAGAAAACUGGGCUAUGCCAUACUUUGAAGAGGAUGAGCCAGAUUUGUAUCUUAUGUCUUGUUGAUACAAGAUGUUCUGGAUCCCCAUUCCUGGAGGUGUAGACUCACUGCAGUCUGUCACUGAGAUUACAACAUCAUUAAACCAGCCCAGCAGGUUUGGGUGGUUGGUUGAACAAAAUUGACUGAUCUUGUUGAGUGCUUCUUGCUCCUGUGCUAUAUUUCUGGUAUUUCCUUUUGCAGUGGUGAUGUCAUGUAGAGAAUACCAGCCUGAGGUCUCAAACAGUAGAUUCCAAAAUUUGUGAGUAGGCAGAGACAGAGGUAAGGCUGGUUUAGGUUAAGAAUCAUGACACAAGCCUGGUUAGGGUUGGGGAUAAGGUUAGGUCCAGGUGGAAACAGGCUUUUCCACCGGAAUCCACUCUUGAGGCUUGGAAUCUCACGCCACACCUAUGGUUAUGUGGUGCCUCUAAAUCAAGGGAGAUGUGGGAUGUCGGGAUCCACCGUAGUGGAGUAGUACCGCUCUCUGCCGCUAGAGGGCGGGAAAGGACAAAAGUGACACGGGUAUUAGUGAGGAGACGCCGAACUAAAGCGGGGGCUGGCCUUGACGGAGGAAAGUAGUCAUGCCAAUUUCUGGUUUCUUUGUACGCUGACUGAGUGGUGAUAGCAGAAAGCACCCCGCUCUGACUCACUCCAACAGACGCACCGCGGAUUCCUCGAGGCUGAUCCCGGGCGGCAUCAGACUACACGCAGUGCCCGACCGAGAGAGGAAGAACAGACCGGCGACAGGGACAGUUGGCAAAGCGGGAAGCUUUGCCCCGACUUAGAAAGAAGAAAUAGGAAACUCAGUCAACGAUGUCUGUGUUGAAAAAGAGAAACUCAAAUUCCUUGGAGGGGGACACGCAAGUCACGCAGAGGAUGCUGUCCCCUGCCAGUGACGGGCAGAAAGGGGACUCCAGCCAGGGAAGCGACGCCAAGGACCCCAGCAACGCCGUGGGAAGAGAGGGAGGGGAGGACGGAGUCGUCCUGAAGAGGACCAUCACCUUGGUGAACGGCGUCGCCAUCAUCGUGGGCACCAUUAUAGGUUCGGGCAUAUUCGUCACACCGACCGGCGUGAUGAGGGAGGCCGGCUCGGUGGGUCUGUCCCUGAUAGUGUGGGCGGUGUGCGGGGUCUUCUCCACGGUAGGAGCCCUCUGCUACGCGGAACUGGGGACCACCAUCACUAAGUCCGGCGGGGAUUAUGCCUACAUCCUGGAGGUGUACGGCUCCCUGCCAGCUUUCCUCAAACUGUGGAUCGAGUUGCUCAUCAUCCGGCCGUCCUCACAGUACAUCGUCGCCUACGUUUUUGCUACCUACGUCCUCAAGCCCCUGUUCCCCGUGUGCCCGGUGCCGGAGACUGGGGCCAAGCUAGUGGCCUGCCUCUGUAUCCUUUUGUUGACCUUUGUGAACUGCUACAGUGUGAAGGCAGCCACCAAAGUGCAGGACUUCUUUGCUGCAGCCAAGCUUCUAGCACUCGGACUCAUCAUCAUUAUUGGCUUUGUCAAGAUUGGCCAAGGUGACACAGAGGGACUUCUUCCAGAGAAUUCCUUCACGGGGUCCAAAUAUGAGUUCGGAAACAUUGGCCUGGCGCUGUACAGCGGUCUGUUUGCCUACGGUGGUUGGAACUACUUGAAUUUUGUUACUGAGGAAAUGAUAGAGCCCUACAAGAACCUUCCCCGAGCCAUCAUCAUCUCUCUGCCCAUUGUGACAGCAGUAUAUGUCCUGACCAACCUGGCAUAUUUCACCACACUCUCCCCAGAUCAGAUGCUCUUCUCAAAGGCUGUGGCUGUGGAUUUUGGUAACUAUCACUUGGGUCCAAUGGCAUGGAUCAUCCCAGUGUUCGUUGGUCUGUCCUGCUUUGGUUCAGUCAACGGCUCUCUGUUCACAUCUUCCAGGUUAUUCUUUGUGGGUUCCCGGGAGGGUCACCUGCCUAGUCUCCUGUCAAUGAUCCACCCCACUCUGCUGACCCCACUGCCCUCACUUAUAUUCACUUGUGUGAUGACACUGCUCUAUGCCUUCUCCAACAACAUCUUCUCCGUCAUAAACUUCUUCAGUUUCUUCAACUGGCUCUGCAUCGCCAUGGCAAUUGUUGGGAUGAUGUGGCUCCGUUAUAAGAAGCCCGAGUUGGAGCGACCCAUCAAGGUGAAUAUUCUGCUGCCAGUGAGUUUUGUGCUGGCCUGCCUCUUCCUCAUCAUCGUCUCCUUCUGGAAAACUCCAGAGGAGUGUGCCAUCGGCUUUGGCAUCAUCGGUACCGGAGUGCCUGUCUACUUCUUGGGCGUGUGGUGGAAGACCAAACCCAAGUGGCUGCUGAAUGGAAUCUUUUCGACCACAGCCUUCUGUCAGAAGAUGAUGGAGGUGGUGCCUCAGCAGUGUUAAAAGUUCAGUCAGUGGCCAAUCAGAUUGCACCAACAAGGAUUUCUGGGCUCUGACAUCACAGCUGAUGAAGCUUGACCUCUGUUGGCCCUUUCAUCCCAGUCUCUCCCUCUCUUUAUCUCUCUUUCUCACACACACCCUGUCUGCAGGGUUCUGAUAAGGACCUAAUGAGAACAGACACAUGCAGGUGUUUUAAGCUUCUGUGUCUUUGUGGUCUUCAACUAAUUUUCUUUUGCUUCUUAUGUUACUGACAUAUUUGGGUUGUUAUGUUUAGUAUGGACUGUUUUUAGUCACUAACUAUCCCUGUAGGCUGGAAUGCAUUGUUGUUGUUUUUUUUACAAUGCAUUUGAAAGAAUAGUUUUUAUUUUACUGUUAUUUUUGUGAAUAAGUUCCUCUUUCCUCAUUCUCGGGAAAAGCUAGCUGUGGCAUGUGUGGCAAAUGAUGAACUGUUGGCAAUGACAGUGGUUGUUGCUUGUGAUGGCAUUCACCUGCAAACAGCUGUAAAGAGUGCUCUCUUAAGUCUAAGACAAGCAACAAGGAGCUUUUUUAAAAUCCUGAAAGCAUCCACUUUUAAUCUCCUGGACCCAAGUUUUGCUUUCAAGUAGAAGUUGAAAUUGUUGCUUAGCAAGAUUAGUGUUCUCAGAUAUUCAUGAAGCUUUUCCUUGGAAACAUUUGGUCCUGCAGUCAUUACAAUUCUGUAGUACUUUUAGUAAAAAAUCUUGUGUUAGUCAAUACAUUGCACUCCCCUAACAUGAAAUUCUGUUUUCUUGACAUGGAGUACUACUCAGCCAACCCAACUUCGUGUAGGGGUGUGUUUCUGAAUCACUGGAGGACCCAUUUAAGCUCACUGCUCACUUGUCUUGUUCUACUGAAAAUGUUUAAACUCUGAAUCCCUUGGAGCUUAGUUAAAGUUUUCCGUUAAGUUAUGUUUUUGCUCACAGCGCACUUGCCUUACAGACUGGCCGUGGUGUUAAACAUGAGCAUACUAUGAGCAGCCUACUGAUGUCACCUCACAGGAUUUCGGGGUAUUGGAGUUUAAUUGCUCUUGAAUUUGCAUUGGAUUUUUAAAUCAUCAUGUAAUCAUAUUUACAGAGGUGCAUAUACCUGUUUGGACAAGUUGUAUUAUGAAAAGUGGGUCAAAAUUGACCUUUUUUUCUCCUGCUGUUGACUGUUGGGUCACUGAUCUCACUGUUAGGGAUCAAUACCUCAGUGUACUGAGCCCAGCUCCCAGAGCACUAUCAACACUCCAUCACACAGAGUAUUCAAGAGACAAUGUUUCAGAUCACAUACUGUAAUAAAGCCAUGUAACUGUAACACACACCAUGUCAGGUUAGAGCAGACUGAUAGAAAGAAACAUGAUGCUCUUCUUUUUUUUUUUCUUUAGAUUUUUGGAUGUGUGUGUGUCUGUGGAUAUUUGAAUGAAUGUUUGUUUGUGUGUAUGUGUGUGUGUGGUUGUUGAGGUGGGAGGGGGUUCCCACAUUGGGGGUUCAGUCAGUUUCUUAUGUUAUCCUCUUGGACACAGAGAUGAACCAUAACUUCCUCUGAACUAACAAGCAGUUGUGACAUUUACAUGUAAACGUUUCACUGUUCAACACAUAGAUGUUCUGUUACAUUCUCUGUUACAGUUUGAUGUGUGCGUGUGUGUUUAGGGAUCCUUAAUGUGGAGGAGGUGGGAGGGGUGAACAAGCAGCAAGACAACCACAUUCUUCAGUGGAUGGAGAGAAAUGUUGGAGAGGAAAUAGGAAAGAGGGGAUUUGUUUUUCAUUUGUUUUUCUUUUUUGGGGUGGGUGGGUUGUUGAAGUACAGAAGGAGCACAUUUUCAGAUCACAAUAUGUGACAGUUACAAAAAAAGUUAGUGCUAUAUUAUUAACGUCGAACCUCCUCCUGCAGCGGACCAAAAGUACAGUACAUGGCAGCAUUGUUUCCGUAAAGACAGUCCCUCAAUAGAGGUGUACGGCUGUUACCAUGGAGACAGGAUGCAGGAGGGGUUAAUGUGUAUGUUUUAGAGGUAGAACCUUUCUAACACUCCAGCCAUCGCACGAAGCUGAUGGGAAACUAACCUGAAUAGGAUUGUAGAAAGUUUAUUUAUUUAUUUUUUAGGAAACUUUGUUGUUUAUUGUUUAGUCCCUCUAAUUUGUUUACAGGGCAUUUUUUGAAAAGUGCUUUACAAAUAAAUCUUGAGUUUUUUUGA